AUGGCUUCCGUCCUGGGAAACACCUGGAAGAACGAGUAUGCCGAGGAGCUGAUUGCCACUGCCAAGGCCAUCGUCGCUCCCGGCAAGGGCAUCCUCGCUGCUGAUGAGAGCACGGGAACCAUCGGCAAGCGGCUGGAGAGCAUUGGCGUGGCGAACGAGGAGUCUGCCCGCCGUAACCUGCGCGAGCUCCUGUUCAACACCCCCGACGCCAACAAGCACAUCAGCGGCGUGGUGCGUGGGGUUGUGGGCACGUUCCAGGCUAGGAUCCUGUAUGAGGAGACCCUGUACCAGAAUGCAAACGACGGCACGCCCUUUGCCAAGAUCCUGAAGGACCUGGGCAUGAUCCCCGGCAUCAAGGUGGACGCGGGCGUGGUCCCCCUCCCUGGCACUGACGGCGAGACGGAGACCCAGGGCCUGGACAACCUGGGCAAGCGCUGCGCCAAGUACUACCAGCAGGGCGCUCGCUUCGCCAAGUGGCGCGCGGUGCUGAAGAUCGGGGCCAAGGAGCCGAGCGAGCUGAGCAUCCACCAGAAUGCGUACGGCCUGGCGCGCUACGCGGUCAUCUGCCAGGAGAACGGGCUGGUGCCCAUCGUGGAGCCAGAGAUCCUCUCCGACGGCUCCCACGGCAUCGAGGUUUGCGCCGCGAUCACGGAGCGUGUGCUGGGCGCCGUCUACAAGGCGCUGAACGACCACCACGUGCUGCUGGAGGGCACGCUGCUGAAGCCCAACAUGGUGCUCCCCGGCGCGGAGGGGCCCAAGGUGGACGUGCGCACCGCCGCAUGGCUGACGGUGCGCACGCUGUCGCGCACCGUGCCCCCGGCCGUCCCCGGCAUCGUCUUCCUGUCCGGCGGGCAGUCGGAGGAGGAGGCCACCGCCCACCUGGUGGCCAUGAACCAGGUCACCGACCUGCCCAAGCCCUGGGCGCUGUCCUUCUCCUUCGGCCGCGCGCUGCAGAGCUCCACGCUCAAGGCCUGGGGCGGGAAGACGGAGAACGUGAAGGCCGCGCAGGAGGCAUUCAUCGCUCGCGCCUCCGCCAACGGCCAGGCCACGCUGGGCAAGGGAGACCUGGACGCCACGGGCGAGAGCCUGUACGUGAAGGACUACAAGUACUGA